AUGAUUUCAGAUAACCUUUGCCUUCAUGCGCUGCAGUUGAACAAUGAUGUAUUGUAUACUACCAUCAAUAUAAUCAGAGGCGGUGGAGUACCCUUUUUGGUGGUGUUGGGAAUGGAUCGUCAGAGUCAUAUUCCAAAGAAGCACACACUGACUGGGGUGUUUGUGGUGGCUUUUGCUCGAGCUUUUCUUACCAACUUGGAACAUGUUCCAUAG